AUCGUUAAAUUACUCGGACGGCAAGCAACAGAAAGUGAGAGUCUGAAUGUAAAUUGUCAAUUGUGUUCAUUAUAAAAGAAGAAUUUCUGAGAGUCUAGAAAUCAACAUUGUGCAGAGGAUAGAGUGUAAUAUGACAGACGUGGAAAGCUUGAAGGAGGCGAUCGCACAGUACGAACAGCAGUUGGCUCAAGUUCAAGCGACUCUAGCCGUAACUACUCAAGACGCGGAUAGGGAAAAAUUGUUGAGCUUGCAAGCAGACCUCCAGGAACUCAUUACCUUAACGAAAGAAAGCUUGCAAGGUGUUGGAAAUUCUAGCGAGGAUUUAGAUUACGACGACGACGACGACGACGAUGAUGACGAUGAUGUCGAUGUUGAUAUUAAUGAUCCAUUGGCAAAGGAAUACGCCUUGUUCAAGGCAGAACUGAAGAAAACUGCGAAUGAGUCUGUGAAAAAUGAACAGGAUAAACAAGACGAUGGUACAUCCAAUAACAUAGAAGAUGAAUUGAGGCAGCUUGAAGGCAUGAAAUGUAGAGCUCCUCACGGUAGCAAUUGGGGUGGCAUUGGUUAUCAUAAUGCUAUGAUAUCCUCUGUUUAUCAAAACGAUAAAGGAAUAAAAAAUAUGCAGGAUAUAAAGGUCAGGGUUCUUUUUCUAAACCCAACACACAAAGAAAUGCUUCCAUGUCCUUAUUAUUUGGAUGGAAAAUGCAAAUUUUCUGAUGACGAUUGCAGAUUUUCGCAUGGAGAAUUAGUGCCAUUAUCUAGUAUACAAGAAUACAGGGAACCCGAUUUCCAAAGUAUAAAAAUGGGUAGUCGAGUAUUGGCAAAACACACGAAUCAGUUAUGGCAUAGAUCUGUUGUACUGAAAAUGCCAGAAAAGGAAGGAGAUGUCUUUAGAAUUAAGUUCGAGUCUAAUGGUAACAUUGCAGAAAUUUUCCUUCAGGAUCUCUUACCCCUUGGUGAUGCCGAGUUGGAAAUGUCAGAUACAUCUGACAGUGAAAAUAGUGGCAAUGAAAGCGAUUCGAUGAACCAUUCACAGGAAGAAAUAGUUCAGAAGUCGUUUCUCUCGGUUGAUGGCAACGCGCCACUGGGAAACUGGGAGAAGCAUACGCGUGGCAUAGGUAGUAAAUUAAUGGCUCAAAUGGGAUAUGUAGUUGGCACCGGGCUUGGGAAACGUGCGGAUGGUAGGAUAAAACCAGUUGAAGCAUUGGUACUACCAGCUGGUAAAUCUCUAGAUCAUUGCAUGGAACUGCGAGAAAACGCUGGUGGAGACGAAGAUUUAUUUUCCGUAGAACGUAGAAUGCGAAAGCAGCAACAAAAGCUAGAGCAACAGAGAGAGAAACAGUAUCAAAGGGAGAAAGAACGGGAAAAGAAGAACGUAUUUAAUUUUAUAAAUGCAACUUUAGGUGACAAACCUAAGACCGAAGGACAGAAUAAUAUUUCAAAGAAUAAGAAUAGUCUUAAAACGGAAUCGAACCGGCAACUGAACGUAGCAAAUUUUCAAAUUGGCGAAAAUAUUUUAAGAUUAGAGAGGGAAUCGUCAAAGCUGAAGGAAUCUUUGGCAAGACACGCUAAAGGAACCAUUCAUUAUAACAACAUCAUAAUGAAAUACAAUGAAAAGCAGAACGAACUUGCAGGUUUAAAGGCAUCUCAGAAAAGUAUUGCUGCCGAACAAGAUCAACGGAAGAACAGGGCUAAAUUAUCGAUAUUUUGAUGUACAUAUACAUAUAUUUACCACAUUGACUUUCUACAAUAUAAAUUAGCUUAUAUACACACUAUCUUAAUAUGUGUAAAACAAUAUAAAUAAAACAGUAUAAUUAUAUUA